CUCUUUCUGGGGGAGGAACCCGUACGAGAGGGGGCGGACCCUUGCUUUUCCGUCGCGUCGGCUCGAAUGUUGCUGGCGGUGUUGUACUGCGGUUCCCACGUGGUGGCUUUCUCACGCUAGCCCACUUUGGUCCUUCUUGACGUCCUGGGCCUGUGGGCUCGCUUCCUGUCGAGAUGCCGAAGGUCAAGUCAGGGGCUGUCGUCCGCCGCCGCGGGCGGCAGGAGCAGCACCGGGAGGUCAAGAGUGCUGGAGGUGCGGAUCCCCUCGAGGAAGCUGGGGUCGGAUCAGGUCUUCCGGCAGGACCGAGCCUGGGGUGCGGACCGAGACCUGAUCCGCGGAGGCCGGUCAGUACCCGCUCCCGUGAGCGUGGAAGACCGGGACUCAUGUUCAACACGGGAAUUGGGCAACACAUUUUGAAAAAUCCUCUCAUUAUUAACAGCAUUAUCGAUAAGGCUGCCUUAAGACCAACUGAUGUGGUGCUAGAAGUUGGACCUGGAACUGGCAACAUGACUGUAAAGUUAUUAGAAAAGGCAAAAAAGGUUGUUGCUUGUGAACUUGACCCAAGGCUAGUAGCUGAACUUCACAAAAGAGUUCAGGGCACGCCUGUGGCCAGCAAACUUCAAGUACUGGUGGGUGAUGUGUUGAAAACAGAUUUGCCAUUCUUUGAUGCUUGUGUGGCAAAUUUGCCUUAUCAGAUCUCUUCGCCUUUUGUCUUCAAGCUGUUACUACAUCGACCUUUUUUCAGAUGUGCUAUACUUAUGUUUCAAAGAGAAUUUGCCCUCAGACUGGUUGCAAAACCUGGAGAUAAGUUAUACUGCAGACUCUCAAUUAAUACACAGCUGUUGGCUCGUGUGGACCAUCUAAUGAAAGUUGGAAAGAAUAACUUCAGACCACCGCCCAAGGUGGAAUCCAGUGUUGUAAGGAUAGAACCUAAGAAUCCACCACCACCCAUCAAUUUUCAGGAAUGGGAUGGGCUAGUAAGGAUAACCUUUGUUAGGAAAAACAAGACACUCUCUGCUGCAUUUAAAUCAAGUGCCGUGCAACAACUCUUGGAAAAAAACUAUAGAAUUCACUGUUCAGUCCAUAAUAUUAUAAUACCAGAAGAUUUCAGCAUAGCAGAUAAAAUACAGCAAAUCCUAACCAGCACAGGCUUUAGUGACAAACGGGCCCGUUCCAUGGACAUAGAUGACUUCAUCAGAUUGCUACAUGGAUUCAACGCAGAAGGUAUUCAUUUUUCCUAGGCAUUUGGAAAACAGAAUUUUUCAAGGUCAAGAAAUCUACAUUUUUUUAUAUUUGAGAAGAUAAUGCUUUUGCUUUACUGAGACAUUCCUUACUUGACUAUUUUUGGUUUAAUACUACUACUGCUGUCACCAUUUAUUAUUCUGAAUUUUUUAGUUGGAAAGUUCUAAGUAUGCAAGUUCUUUUUUGUUUUGGUUUGUUUUUAAUAUAUAACAUAGAGCAGGUCCAAUCUAUUAAUAAUAAUCUUCAUGUUCAGGAGCCGCAGAUACGCACAACUUUAUACUUAAACUUAUCAUUUCUAACAGUUUAUUGUAUAAAGAUGUUACUCUUCUAUUUACUGUGUAAUAUACUGUGAGGCCUUUUUUAGGUCUGUUCCUCCAGUAGUAAAAAAGUUAAAAUAUGCUUCACUAGUCACACAUUCCCCAUACCAUUUCAUGUUAUUCACAUUCCCCAUACCAUUUCUUGUUAUUCACAUGUACAGUAAAACAACUGUUUCUCAUUUUUA